AUGGUGAAGCAACAGAUGUUGAAGACUGAUGAAUGUACCAAGGGGUGUUUGCCCCCUCUUUCUAGCAGUGAAGACUUCACUAUUGAUGAUGUUGAUGUCCUCAACCCACCACUGCCCUCCUCGCACCCAUUUCACCCAGAGCCUUGGAUGCGAUGUGAGCCAAAUAGAAACAUGGAGAGUGGUGAGUAGUUGUUUAGCAGAAUAUAGCCUAAUCAAUUUGUUGUCUGAAGGAGCAGUAAUGAAUUGAAGAACGAUAAUGCCAUCCCUGUUUGUGUUAGUUUUAUGUUUGAGUAUUAGCUAGGUGUGCUUAGCUAUAUUCCUUUUUCUGCAAUAUCACUUCAGAAAACUCCUCUAGUCCUGUCAUCGUGGGAGAGAGCCCUCUGUUGGAGCCAUUUUCAUUGACAGUACCUAUCAGGUCUUCACCUUAUGAGUGUACACUCUGCCAUAAGAUGUUUGGAACAGCCAACACACUCAACAAACAUCUACAGACCCACCAACAGGAAAGACCACAUGUUUGCCCCAUCUGCCAACAAGCAUUUAAACGUCAUGAUCACCUGUGAGUCAUAUCCCCUCGCUCUAGAAGCGAUAAUUCUGUAUUAACAAGUACACUGAGUGUACAAAACAUUAGGAGCACCUUUUGCCCUCAGAACAGCCUCAAUUCGUCAGGGCAUGGACUCUACAAGGUGUUGAAAGUGUUCCACAGGGAUGCUGGCCCAUGUUGACUCCAAUGCUUCCCACUGUUGUGUCAAGUUUACUUGAUGUCCUUUGGGUGGUGGAGCGUUCUUGAUACACACGGGAAACUGUUGAGCGUCUAAAACCCAGCAGCAUUGCAGUUCUUUACACACACCGGUGCGCCUGGCACAAAUCGGUGCGCCUGGCACCUACUACCAUACCCCGUUAAAAGGCACUUAAAUAUUUACUUGCCCAUUCACCCUCUGAAUGGCACACAUACACAAUCCAUGUCUCAAUUGUCUCAAGGCUUAAAAAUCCAGUUUUGUACACUCAGUGUAUCUAUUGUAUUUUUUUUUUUAUACAGUCAUUUGACAUUUCAAUACCCUGAUGAAAACGAUAACAUCUCUUUCUACAGCAAUGGCCACAUGUUGACCCAUCAGAAACGCAAGCAGUUCCGAUGUGCUGAACCUGGGUGCCAGAAGAGCUAUUGUGAUUCUCACUCCCUGAAGCGCCACUAUAUCUCUCAGCAUGGUCUCCCUUUCAUCCCUCCCAUGUCCCAAAGCCCCCCUCAUCUAACCCACCCAGCCCACUCUGCUGCUACCAAGUGGGAGUCUGUGGAUAGUGCUGCAUAUUUGGGGGGUUCAACAGCUCACUCUAAUUACCACCCCAUGUUCCUGACCCAACCCAAACCUACAUUAGACACUCAACAGAAGGUUGCUGAUUACUCUGGCUUUUUCAGCUUCAACGGUUACAAAGGAUUUGCUCCUCCAAGUGGCCUACAACUGAACAACUACUCAGAGCAGAACAUCUCUCAGUCAAUGCCUAUCUUAGUCCUGGACACGUGGAUGCAGCGGUCUGACAAAAGUCCCAGGUGCCCAGGUGAAUUACAUCCACCCCAGUGGGCCCCUGAGCCUAGUAACAUCAGCACUGCUACGAUACCAUCACUACCUCCUGGAGUGGAUGGCCCAAGUCCUCAUGGAUGGGAGAGUGUAGAUGACUUCCCUGUGUCUGACCUCCAAGUGCUUGAAGAAAUGUUGUCCUCUCAUCCCUGUAGUGAGGUUGGUAACGGGGAGUGUUUAUUGAAGCCAGCGUCCCCAGAGAAGAGCUACUCUCCGUCCAAGCAGGAGCAGUCGACUUAUGGCCAGAUGAACUCGGAAGGGAAACCCCAAGUUAACACUCAGCUUCAUUCUUUUGAACCAACAGCAAGCUCCGAUUCCAGUGUAACAUCUACAUCGUUUCCCAACACUGUUUUCAUCCACUCAAGCUCAAGUCUUCCAAACAAGCCCAACCCAGUCCCACCUAUCCCACCACCACCAGCCAUUGUCCUACCCUGCCUCUACAGUGUGCUGAAGUCAGAUACUUGUAAUACAAAGACCGACAGUAAGCGGAAGAGAGAGAGGAGGAAGAAGAUGAGGGCUGUAGAUCUUCCCGCUCCACCUCUAUCCAUACCUCGCCCCACCUCUCUCCUGGCUCCCCGACGUCCCCGCCCUCGACCACACUACCUAGUCUCCCCAAGCCAGGUGGCUAUGGCCUCUUUCAGCUCAGACAGCAACCCUUGUCAGACCUUCCAGGUACGUGCACUACUAGCGGUGAUCAACAAUUUAACACAUACCAGUUUGUUUAUCAAUACUGUAUUUAUAAUAUUUCUAUAUUCCUCUGUACAGGGAAGAACUAUCAGUGUGCCAGGAGAGGGACAAGAGUGUAGUGACAGGUAAGUCAACUUGUAACAGUUACAUUUGAUGAAUAGAAAUAGGGAGCUUUACAAAAAAACAAUUACACUGAACAAAAAUAUAAACACAACAUGUAAAGUGCUGGUCCCAUGUUUCAUGAGCUGAAAUAAAAGAUCCUAGACAUUUUUCAUACGCACAAAAAGCUUAUUUUUCUUACAUUUUGGCCACAAAUUUGUUUACAUCCCUGUUAGUGGGCGUUUCUCCUUUGCCAAGAUAAUCCAUCCACCUGACAGGUGUGGCAUAUUAAGAAGCUGACUAAACAGCAUGAUCAUUACACAGGUGCACCUUGUGCUGGGGACAAUAAAAGGCCAUUCUAAAAUGUGCAGUUCUGUCCCACAACACAAUGCCACAGAUGUCUCAAGUUUUGAGGGAGCGUGCAGUUGGCAUGCUGACUGCAGGAAUGUCCACCAGAGCUGUUGGCAGAGAACUGAAUGUUUAAUUUCUCUACCAUAAGCCGCCUCCAACGUCGUUUUAGAGAAUUUGGCAGUACGUCCAACCGGCCUCACAACAGAAGACCACAUGUAUGGCGUUGUGUGGGCGAGCGGUUUAAUGAUGUCAACGUUGUGAACAGAUUGCCCUAUGGUGGCGGUGGGGUUAUGGUAUGGGCAGGCAUAAGCUACAGACAACAAACACAAUUGCAAUUUAUUUAUGGCAAUUUGAAUGCACAAAAAUACCGUGACGAGAUCCUGAGGCCCAUUUUAAAAAUUUUUUAUCUGUGAACAACAGAUGCAUAUCUGUAUUCCCAGUCAUGUGAAAUCCAUAGAUUAGGGCCUAAUUAAUUUAUUUCAAUUGACUGAUUUCCUCAUAUGAACUGUAACUCAGUAAAAUCAAUGAAAUUGUUGCAUGUUGUGUUUAUAUUUUUGAUCAGUAGAGAUUGGCCUCUUAACUGCUGGUCUUCUUCCCAUAGGAUAUUACCUAGCUCUCACCAGACAGAACACAGCAACAAGGCCAAGUCCUCAAGUGGACCAUAUGCACCCUGUAUUAAAAUGGAACCUUACUCUCCAGAGGUAACAGCUUCCUUAGCCGUAUAGUUAUUUGCAUGAUGAUAUUAUUAAACAUUAGUAAUCUUUGGGUGCUUUUUUUAUUACAUGUCCAGAUGUCAAGUAAGAACAAACUUUUGUCAUUACAGCCUGUAUGUCUAUUUGUGCUUAUGAUGUUUCCUGCAGCCUGGAGAGAGAGGACCACAGACUCUGAGGUCGCCAUCUAGAACAGAACACAUGCCUCUGUCUCCUUUGGUCAUACCUGUUUCAGUUCCAGUCUCUGUGGAGACUGACCCUGACAGUCCUUCGUCACUCAAUGUAAGUAUAGGAAAAAAUUGAUUACAACGGUCAGUGCCUUCUUAAAUCAUUACUGCCGAGCAAUAUGAAAAAUUAUAACUUGAUAACCCCCCUGUUGUUGGUUGUGUGGCAGGCGGAGAACCCUCAGAAUGGUUCAGGGAGGUCAAAGAGGAGCCGGCGUCUUGACUUCAUGAAGACUCUGAUCAUCCCUCCUCCCAUGCUCCCACAGCCAUCCCAACGGAGGCUCCUAGGAGAGGAGGGUGGGGGUGCUCCCUGGUGUCGUGCAGCAGGCGGCUACCCCAGUCAGCUACGCUCCCCCAUGUACCUGGCAGACCACCUGCUCAACCCCAGCUUCCAGCCUCCUCCCUACACACCCCCACCCAUGCUGAGCCCCCUACGCCCAGGGACCGGCCUGUACUUCAGCACACUGCCUUGGUUUCACCCCGGUCCUCCCCCUCCCAGCAGCUACACCGCCUCUUUGGGUUUGUUUCACAUUAGGAAGUAUCUUCCCAGGUUCAGAGUUUUGCCACUGAAAUACAUGAAGAACUUUGUGUUUUAUGGCUUCUGCUUUUCAGAUGGAGCUGAUGGAAUCUCCUUGAUGAUGGACGACACAGUGGUCAACAUAGAGCCGUACGUUUCUCUUGGAAGUGUGUUCAGCCAACGCUUUAGUGUUACAAUCCUUGAGAGUCAGUCUAUUAAUAAGGAGCCUGUGUGAUUUCCAGGAGAAUCAACGUGGGCCAACGUUUCCAGGCUGAGAUCCCACCCAUACGUAACCUGCUUCUAAUGUUAUAUGAUGAGCACCCUGCCCAGCUUGUCUGGGCUCCAUGGGGAGACAUAUCCAGCAACAUGGAAACACAAAGAGGGGGUAUGUUUCUCUUUUUCACACACACACACACACACGGUUGUUCGAUAUAUUGGUAUGAGCUACUGUAUUGCUAGUACAACUGAUACUAGGUUGAAGAUAUGUAGGUUAGGACAACGUAAUAACCAUGCGGAAGCGUUCGAAAAUAGACAAAUUCAUGGGACCAGCACCAUUGCUGAUUCUACAGGAUUAGCAUUGAAAACGUGACCCGCAGUCGGGGAAUCAAGUAAUAAAGUUGCUGUAGAUCAUUUUUAAAACGUUGAAAUUAAUAGAUUGACAGUAAAACAGUUAUGCUAUGUGUUUGCUGAGUAGUUAGUUGAAAUUCACGACGGUUUUUUUCUCACUUUGAUGGCGAAAUUUCUGUUCUGCUAAAAUUAACUUCCAGUAAUUUUAGCUCGCAUUCCUGGUCCCAUUGUUUAAAAUUCUUCCGCUUUUAUGCAAAGAGUUAUGGGAUGUUAGAAUCCUCUUGUCCUAACUUGGGUAGCUUCAACCUAGACCUGAUAUCGACAUGAUCAGUUAACAGAAAGAGUUACCACUGAAAUGUGAGAGAGGUUGACUUGCUUGUCUGCUCGACUGUGUUUCCAGUGACUGAACUGAUGGACUUGUGCUGUUCCAGCAUACUGCCAGGAGGGGGCACCAACACAGAGCUGGCCCUCCACUGUCUGCAUGAGGUGCAGGGAGACAUUCUGGUGAGCAGUACAACAGUAUGGUACCUAAGCUCAGCUCAAAUUGAAGACAAUGUUGAUUCAGGACAACCAAUGGUAUACAUUGUGUGUUGUAUCCCUAGGCUGCACUGGAUUUACUGUUAGUCAGGGGAGACUUCCGUUCCUCAACACACCCUUUGAGUGACUAUCACUACCCAGGUACCCAAUUUGAUACUCUGAAAAGUGGAAUGAAGAUAAAUGAGUUAUGAAUAUUGAUGCACAUUUCAAGACUAUUCAGUUAUGUUCUUUGAUGUUUCUUCCAUGUUUAGUUCAAGCCAUGCUGUACAUGCUACUAAUACUUUCAUUUCUUGUCAUAAAACUGUCAUAAAACCUAUGGCUGACAGGGUCAGAUGAUUGGAGUCCUCAAGAGAAGAAACUAUUUCGUAAAGCGCUGCUCACCCAUGAGAAGAACUUCCAGCUUAUUCACAGUGUGGUAAGAGAAUCAUAAUAUUGAAAUGGCCAAAUAUACUGACUGUACAAAACAUUAAGAACACCUUCCUAAUAUUGAGUUGCAACCCCCCUUUUGCCCUCAGAACAGCCUCAAUUCAUUGAGGCAUGGACUCUACAAGGUGUCGAAAGCGUUCCACAGGGAUGCUGGCCCAUGUUGACUCCAGUGCUUCCCACAGUUGUGUCAAGUUGGCUAGAUGUUCUUUGGGUGUUGGACCAUUCUUGAUACACAUGGGGAAACUGUUGAGUGUGAAAAACCCAGCAGCGUUGCAGUUCUUGACACAAACCGGUGCGCCUGGCACCUACUACCAUACCCCGUUCAAAGGCACUUCAAUAUUUACUUGCCCAUUCACCCUCUGAAUGGCACACAUACACAAUCCAUGUCUCAAUUGUGUCAAGGCUUAAAAAUCCUUCUUUAACUUGUCUCCUCCCCUUCAUCUACACUGAUUUGAAGUGGAUUUAACAGGUGACAUCAAUAAGGGAUCGUAGCUUUCACCUGGAUUCACCUGGUCAGUCUAUGUCAUGGAAAGAGCAGGUGUUCAUAAUGUUUUAUACACUCAGUGUAUACUUGUAAUGUCGUGCUGCAACUGGACAGGGUAUAGACAGAGAAGGAUAACUGAAGAAAUUGCAUUGACUUGACAGUUGUCUCACACUGAAGUUACAGACUAAGUCCGUCUCCCAGUGUGUGGAGUACUACUAUGCCAUGAAGAAGCUCAAGAAAUUCAAGCAACGCAGCCGAGGAUCAGACAAAAAGGAAGCAGUUGGUGAAGAGCCUGUGAGUGUAGUGUAGUAUGGUAUAGUAUAGUGUAGUAUAGUAUUGGAAAAUAUGUAUCAAACCUCCUAUACAGUACAAACAGUUUACAGAAACAGAUUUACAGAUGUACUUACUAUGUAUAGUAUAGUAUUGGAAAAUAUGUAUCAAACCUCCUAUACAGUACAAACAGUUUUAGGUGUACAGAAACAGAUUUACUUACUAUGUCAAACAAGUCACCCAAUAUUUUCCAAUGAAAUAAUUUCCACUACCUGUAUACAGCAGAUGGAGUCACCUGGCUGUUAUGAGGACAACCAUGUGGGACGGAGAGGGCCCAGGAGGACACUUACUAAACCAGGGAACAGGACUAAAGGGGUACAGGAGGAGCAGACUACCACAGGAGGUGCUUUGGAGUACAUCUGUCGAGAGUGUGGGCGGUCAGUGGAACUUCGUUAAAACAAUGCCAGGGACACAUCACAAUGAUAUUGCAUAACAUUGCUGUCUUGUUGAGCAUGCCCUUGGUUAAUUAAGCCAGGAUGACUUGUUGACCCCCCUCUCUAUUUUGGAGCACCUUUGAGCUUAAUGUUCUCACAUCAUCAUACUGACAUGCAUAAUUCUGUCCCGCUACAUGUCCUCCAGGGUAUUUGACAAGGUGAAGAGUCGUAGUGCUCAUAUGAAGACCCACCGGCAGCAGGAGAGGGAGUGGCUGACCAAGUAUGUCUGUCCUAUGGGCUGCCCUGCAGACAACCCUCAUGAAGGAGAUCCAGGUCAGGACUCUGACAAGGUGCCUUUACUCUACUGUACCAGAGGGAUCCUCUAUAAAUAAAUAAUAUAAUAUAAUAGUUGUGAGCACAGGACUGUUUCAGUUACUGACAAGUCAAGUGUAAGUCGAACUCUUACACAUGACCGAAAUUCACUCGCAAUGAAUUCAUAUUGGCAGGUAUUUAUUGAAAAUCACUUCUAAAUAAUGUUUAACUAAAGAAAGCAACAACAACAAUUGACUUAUUUUUUUCUUUCCAAAAAACACACCCUACGAUAAGGUUUAGAACUUAAUGUGAUGUUGCAUUGAUGUUCCUUUGUCAUUCUCUGCUGUUGGACAACUGGUUCCGUUAUCGUUGGUUCACAUUGUCCCAAAGUUUCUAAACCACAUGCUCUUUUUAAGCAACCUGAAAUCCUUGCUAAAAUGUCCUGUAGAUUUAAUUACAUUUGUAUCCAUGUGAAAUCCAAAGUUUGCUUGGUAUGCUCAAUUGAAUAAUCCAUUGUAAGAUAAUUACAUUAUUAGUAGUUAUUAGUCUUUGUUUACAACUACAAUACAUUGACAAUUGGUCAUAAAAAAUGCAUAUGAAUCAGGGUUAGAUCCUGGGCAGCUGAGAACAGAGAAUGCAUUUACUGAACUGUGGCCCGCUCCUCACAAACUGUUUUGGCCUGAGUUUAACACUUCUGGAUUGGAUCUUGUUUUAUUUAUGUUAUUUAAGUUAAAAGUCUUGAUGAACAAUCUAUUAGUUCAGGAAGAGUACUGUCCUUUACCUGAGUGGCAUGUCCUCUAUGUGAGAGUGUUGAUGAAAGUUAACCUUGUUGUCUCACUCAGGUGUUGUUUUAAAAUAAAUGUGUUUGUCUGAACAAUGUUGUUUUCAACCAUUCCUUUAAUACAACAGUUCUUCACAGUUAGUGUUUGAGACAUUUCUCAUUUCUAAAUCGACAUCAUGCUGCAAUUACUGUACAAGCUUCUCAGUUGAACCAGUGUUUUUACUUUAUGCAAACCAAGGAUAA